UUGACUCUCUCUCUCUCUCUAUCUCCGUGUCUGUCUGUCUGCUGUUUGCAAUGGGUGCCGAGCUUAGACUCUCCCUGUGCGCCUUCUCACUUCUCUGCCCUUUUCCCCUUCCUUAAAGCUUCCUUCUUUAUUUAUGCAUUUUCUGAUCUUUUCUCUAGUAACAGGAACUCGAAUCUCUUCUAUCUUCUCACAGAUCUCUAUCUCUGCCUGUAUUGGGGACUUGUUGUUAAUGGAUUGGAGCUCUGGUGGUGAUCAAAAUUGGUAUUAUGGUAAUUUUAAUGUGGCAAGGGACUACAUUUUUGGAUUCGAAGUGAUAUAGAUGAAUCCUGUGGCUUUUUCGAAAAGGGUGAUUUUGGUUUGACACUAACCAUCUGGUUCUUGAGCUUCUGGUAGUGCUUUGAUUCAAGGAUUUUCAUAAUUCUUUGAGAUAAACAAACUUCUUUGUUAUUGCAUGGGGAUUUUGAGCAAAAAUUGAAGUGUAUCCUUUGCAGUGAUCAUUGCAAUGGGGGGGCUUUGCUCGAGGAGUUCGACUGUAGAUAAUGCUCCCGGUGGAGGCUUUCCACAUAUGAAUGGUCAUUUUAAUGGCUCUGGCUUCGUUUAUCAGUCCCGCCAAUUGAAAAUAAAUAGCAAUAUAAAUCCUUCUCCAGUUGGGGAAAAUGUUGAAAAUAAGCAAGUAAGAGAACCCUUUUCAUUUCCAGAGGUAAAUGUGGUUUCACCAUAUGGGAUGGACGGAAAUGAUAUUGAUGAUGGUAUUCCUCGUUUAUCAAGGGCUUUAUCAAAUAAAUCUAGAUCAACCAAGUCUAAGCAGGCUGCUGUUGCGAAGGUUUCAGAAGUGAGCUCUCUUUUAGGCAGAGCUGGGACUGCUGGGCUUGGGAAGGCAGUGGAAGUGUUGGAUACACUUGGCAGUAGCAUGACAAAUUUAAAUCUCAGCAGUGGUUUUACCUCUGGAGUGACAACAAAAGGGAAUAAAAUUUCAAUUUUGGCAUUUGAAGUUGCUAAUACCAUCGUUAAGGGUGCCAAUCUGAUGCAAUCCCUUUCAAAAGAAAAUAUUAAGCAUUUAAAAGAGGUUGUGCUUCUUUCAGAAGGGGUGCAAAAUUUGAUAUCAAGGGAUAUGGAAGAACUCUUGAGAAUUGCAGCGGCUGACAAGAGAGAGGAAUUGAAAGUUUUUUCUGGAGAAGUCGUACGUUUUGGAAAUCGUUGCAAAGAUCCUCAAUGGCACAACUUGGACCGUUACUUUGGAAAGCUGGGUUCAGAACUCACACCCGAAAAGCAAUUGAAGGAAGAAGCUGAUAUGAUGAUGCAGGGAUUGAUGACUUUUGUUCAAUAUACAGCUGAAUUAUAUCAUGAAAUGCAUGCCUUGGAUAGAUUUGAACAAGAUUACCGGCGUAAGCUUCAAGAAGAUGACAGCACAAAUGGUCCUCAAAGGGGUGACAGCCCUGCAAUUUUGAGGGCAGAGUUAAAGUCUCAGAGGAAGCAUGUGAAAAGUUUGAAGAAGAAAUCACUUUGGUCCAAGAUUUUGGAAGAGGUAAUGGCAAAGCUGGUAGAUAUUGUCCAUUUCUUGCAUUUGGAGAUCCAUGAAGCUUUUGGUAGUGCUGAUGGUGAUGGACCAGUAAAAGGUUCUUUGAGCAGUCAGAGAAAAUUGGGCUCUGCUGGUCUUGCAUUGCAUUAUGCAAAUAUUAUCACUCAAAUUGAUACUCUGGUGUCCCGUUCAAGUUCUGUCCCCCCAAAUACGAGGGAUGCCUUGUACCAAGGGCUGCCACCAAGUAUCAAAUCUGCCUUGCGCUCCAAAUUACAGUCCUUCCACAUGAAGGAAGAGCUUACGGUUGCACAAAUCAAAGCUGAAAUGGAGAAAACUUUACAGUGGCUUAUUCCGGUUGCUGCUAACACAACCAAAGCUCAUCAUGGAUUUGGGUGGGUUGGAGAAUGGGCAAAUACUGGGUCUGAAGUUAAUCGGAAACCUACCGGACAGACAGACUUGCUCAGAAUCGAGACCUUACACCAUGCAGAUAAAGAGAAGACUGAAGCUUACAUUCUUGAAUUGGUAGUUUGGCUUCACGAUCUUGUGAGCCAAGCAAAGGCAAGCAAUGGUGGAAUCAGAUCUCCAGUUAAAUCUCCAAUUCGAUCGCCUAAUCAGAAGACAAUUCAGUUAUCAACCCACAAACCAAGCUCGCCAUCCCCCACGCUGACAGUUGAAGAUCAAGAGAUGCUUCGAGACGUGAGCAAGAGAAAAAAGACACCUGGGAUAAGCAAGAGUCAGGAAUUUGAUACUGCAAAAACCAGAUUAAGCAAACACCACAGAUUGAGUAAGAGUAGCAGCCACUCACCAAUGACUGAAGGUAAAAAAGAUCAUUUCCGUUUCCCUUUGAGAAGGCCAUCAUCAGUUCCUGUCAUUGACUUCGACAUAGACCGGAUUAAAGCUUUGGAUGUUAUCGAUCGAGUUGACACAAUUAGAAGUUUAUGAUUGUAUCAGUAAUGGCCAUUUUGAGGCAAAGAACAGAGGCAUGUGCAAAGGAUGAAUUAUCCCAUCUGAUGCCAUUUUCUCUUGGUUUCUGGUGGGUGAGAUUUAAAUUCUGUUGGUAGCAAAUCAUUGUUUUUCUUUAUGUAUUAGAAUUUUAAGGUGCUAGAGAAUAUCAGGCUUGUAGUGUCUGCUUAGUUCUUCUGUGUACAGAAUAUUUUUGAAUGAUUUUAUAAUAAUUUAAAGUUCAACUUUUUCCUCA